AUGACGGGCGCGGCGAAGCAGACGCAGAACCUCGUCACUCGUCGCGCCGCGCGCCAGCUGACGGGCACGGCGAAGCAGACGCAGAGCCUCGUGAAGCACUUGACGGUGCGCGAGGUCGCCGCCGGCCGGUUCCAGGGCAACAGCGUGGAGCUGGGCUGGGGCCGCGUCUACGGCGGCCAGACCAUGUCCCAGGCCCUCGACGCGGCGCACCGCACGGCGCCGGGCCGCGUCGUCCACAGUUUCCAAGCCUACUUCUACCGGCCGGGCCGCACGGACGAGCCCAUGGAUUUUUCCGUCGAGGCGCUCAGCGACGGCCGCGCGCUCGCGUGCCGCCGCGUGACGGCGUCGCAGAAAGGCGUCGACAUCUUUUCCAUGCUCUGCAGCCUGCAGAGCGCGUCCGCCGCGCCGGCGCGGCCGCUCGAGCACCAGCGGCCGCUCACGGCGCCGGCGCCGGACGACUGGCGGCCCGAGGCCGUGCCGACGCUCCAGGAGCGCAUGCGGCCGCACGAGGCGCUGUUGCCGACGCCGCUGCGGAAGAUCUACCUCAACGACGCCUCGCCCUUCGUGCUGCGCCAGCGCGACUUCACGGCGCCGUCGGAGACGGGCGCGUCGGAGCCGGCGACGAGCUCGUACCUCAAGCUCGCGGCGCCCGUCGGCGACGACGCGGCGCUCCACGCGCGGCUGCUGGCCUACAUCUCGGACUGGGGCUUCAUCUCCACGGCCCUACGUCCCCACGAGGGCAUCAGCAACUACGCGCGCGGCGUCCAGCUCGCGACGAUCUCCCACGGCGUCACGUACCACCGCGCGGACCUCCUCCGGCUCGACGAGGACUACGUCCUCGUGCGCCACCGGUCGCCGUCGGCGUCCCAGGGCCGCGGCUUCGUCGUGGCCGAGUUCUUCGCGCGGGACGGCACGCUCCUCGCGUCCGCGCAGCAGGAGGGCGUCGUCCGCGUGCUCAUGGAUAAGUAG